GAUGGAAGCUAGAGGCAUGUUGGCCCAGAUUGCCUUUCUUCAAGGGGAAAGGAAAGGACAAGAAAAUCUGAAGAAGGAUCUAGUGCGAAGAAUCAAAAUGCUAGAAUAUGCUCUUAAACAGGAAAGAGCUAAAUACCACAAAUUAAAAUAUGGCACAGAAUUGAACCAGGGAGAUAUGAAGCCUCCAAACUAUGAUUCUGAUGAAGGGAAUGACACAGAGGUUCAGCCCCAACAAAAUAGUCAACUAAUAUGGAAACAAGGGCGACAGCUCCUGAGACAGUAUCUUCAGGAGGUGGGUUACACUGACACUAUACUGGAUGUGAAGUCAAAACGAGUGCGAGCAUUGUUAGGCCUCUCAAAUGAUGCAUCAGACAGGGAAAAUGACAAAAAUCAAGAAUCAAUGGUAAAUGGUACUGAGGUUGAGAUUAAAGAAAACGCUAUGAUUGGGAAACCAGAACUGACUGACUCUGCGUCUUUGUUAGAGACCUUCAAGUUUCUUGAUAAUGCAGCUGCAGAUUUCAGUGAUGAAGAUGAGGAUGAAGAUAUUGAAGGAAGAGAGAAAACAAUCGUUGAUACCUCAACGAUGGUGAGGAGAAGAGUAGUGUCUGAUAGCAGUGAAGACAGAGAUACAGAAGAAGCUUUGAAAGAGUUUGAUUUCUUGGUUGCAUCUGAUGAAGGAGAAGGAGAAUCUAAAAGUUCAGGAGAUGGAACUGACUGGGAAAAGGAAGACCAGUGUCUCAUGCCUGAAGCCUGGAAUGUGGACCAGGGCGUAAUAACCAAACUCAAGGAACAAUACAAAAAGGAGCGCAAGGGAAAAAAGGGGGUGAAGAGAAAAACUACCGAAGAUAUGUUUCAGCCUCAAUCCUAUAUAAAACAGUCAAAACAGGGAUGUGGGAAAAUGAUGGAGCAAAGCACAGGGCCCAACAGGUCAAAGCUGCAAGACAUGCUUGCAAACUUGAGAGAUGUAGAUGAUCUACCUUCAUUACAGCCAUCGGUCACAUCACCUUCUAGGCCGAGUAGCUCAAGGCUUAUUGAACAUGAGAUAAACAGGACAGAAGAAGUGGAAGCUUUAACAUUCCCCCCUACAUCAGGAAAGUCCUUCAUUAUGGGAGCAGAUGAAGCCCUUGAAAGUGAGCUGGGUCUUGGAGAAUUGGCAGGCCUUACAGUUGCCAAUGAGGCAGAUUCACUGACUUAUGAUAUAGCAAACAAUAAGGAUGCACUGAGGAAAACCUGGAAUCCCAAAUUCACAUUAAGAAGUCAUUUUGAUGGAAUAAGAGGGCUGGCUUUCCAUCCAGUUGAACCAGUCCUAAUAACUGCAUCAGAGGACCAUACAUUAAAAAUGUGGAAUUUACAAAAAACAGCACCAGCAAAAAAGAGUGCCUCUCUUGAUGUAGAACCUAUAUAUACAUUCAGAGCACAUAGUGGCCCAGUACUUUGUGUGGUAAUGAGCAACAAUGGUGAACAGUGUUACAGUGGAGGAACUGAUGGCCUUAUCCAGGCCUGGAAUACGACAAACCCAAAUAUUGACCCCUAUGAUUCUUACGAUCCUUCUGUUCUAAGAGGUGCAUUUGAAGGCCACACAGAUGCAGUAUGGGGCUUGGUUUAUAGCGGAGCACACCAGCGUUUACUAUCCUGUUCAGCAGAUGGCACUAUACGUUUGUGGAAAACUUCAGAAAUUGCUCCUGCUCUUAAUAUAUUUAAUGAUAAUAAAGAAAUGGGAAUCCCUUCUUCUGUAGACCUUGUGAGCAGUGACCCAAGCCACAUGGUAGCAUCAUUUACUAGUGGGCACACUUGUCUUUUUAACAUGGAGACCCGGCAACAAAUUCUUACCUUGGAAUCUAACAUAGAUAACACUGCUAACACUUCCUGCCAGAUAAACAGAGUUGUCAGCCAUCCAACUCUUCCUAUAAGUAUCACUGCCCAUGAAGACAGGCACAUCAAAUUCUAUGACAACAAUACAGGAAAACUGAUCCACGCAAUGGUAGCCCACUUAGAUGCAGUCACAAGUUUAGCUGUUGAUCCUAAUGGCUUGUAUUUGAUGUCUGGCAGCCAUGACUGUUCAAUUCGCUUAUGGAAUCUUGAAAGCAAAACCUGUAUUCAAGAAUUUACUGCUCAUCGCAAAAAAUUUGAUGAGUCUAUUCAUGAUGUGGCAUUCCAUCCAUCCAAAUGUUAUAUUGCCAGUGCAGGAGCAGAUGCUCUGGCUAAGGUCUUCGUAUGACACAGUGCUUCCCUUUCAACUCUAGCUCUUGAACAUUUAACCCGAUGCACAAAAGAGAGGAAGACCUGGGCAAGAAUCUUCAUUUCAUGCCCUGUAAUUCAGAGAAUGUUUAUAAUGGUGUAGUUUUUGCAGGAUGCUCUUUUCUAAAUUAAGGGGUUUUGGGGGUUUCUGCAAGCUCAGCUGGUGCUGAGCACUUGGAAAUUCUCAAACAUCAAUACAAGAACCGCUUUUAUUUCUGAGGGUGUAAGUAUUCGUCCAGGCAGGCCUUGGGCGACAGAUAAGUCUCUGUAUUCUCUGCACAUGAAGCGGGAAACAUUAGAGGGAUGGGCAAGUAAAUAAUUGGCAUGAUUGCUGCAGAAGAAGAUCGAGGAGGGGUACUUCCAAGUGUGUUUCUCAUCAAGGAGUCAUAUAAACUGCGUACUUAAGUAACAUAAAAAGGUGACUAUUCACAUGCCCAUUGGGUUACCAUGUGAAGUUCACUUGUUCAUCCCUUUGAUAUUAAUGACUAGAUGGUGUUUAGAGGAAAGUAGCUGAUAGUUAAUCUUAAUCCACCUGGCUGCUAACUAACAAAAGGUAAAUUUUGUUAAAAGGAAAAAAUUACUAAUGUUUAAAAAUUAUUAGUGCAGUAACCUUUUGUUAAAUCUAUUAUGUUAUACAAAUAUAUACUUUGCAGAAAAAAAUACAUUUUAUUAAUUUUGUGAAAGAAUAUGGUAGUAAGUGGCUAGAAACUUAGCCCGUAGUCUAGUUCACAGUAAAGGAGACUGGCUGAAAACAGUCUAUAUAUACUGUAAUAAGGGAUUUAAUUUAUUCAAUUUUAUAAUACUGUUUAUUGUUGGUCAGGCACAAGAAAUUGUAAUAAAACAUCCUACCGCAACCUCUAGCAGAGUUUAGUCAAUAUGUCUUCAUUUCUUCCUGUUUUACCAAAAAAAAAAAAAAAA